AUGUGUGGAAAAAAUUUGAAAAAUUUGUUUUGGUAUUGCGCUCUUUUUUUCUUCGUUGUUUCGUUAUCGAAAUCUCAACAAAAUUUCACUAGCAAUAAAGAGAAAAAUGAUAAUUCGACAGUAUGACAUGAGAUAGAUGCGGAUUCUACGACAAACUAUGACGACGAAAUGAAAACACUGCUAUAUGAUUCGUACAAAAAGUCUACCAAUACUACGCAGUACAAAGAUAUGCAGUAUGAAUCUCGCACCACUUCUACGAGCAGCGAGGAUGAUGACCCGAUACAAUUUAAACUCGGUACGCACUCCAUACAGAAUCAUGAAGAUGAUAAGCAAAUACGGAUGGAACCUUGCACGAAUUCAACAAACGCCAACCAUAAAAGCAACUUCACGUCACACGAAAUUUAUGAAAACUUGAUGAGCAUAGAAUACAAAAACGAUUCCACGUCGCACGAGUUCUACGAAAACUCCAGUAAAGAUAGCAGUAUAAGUAACAUCAUUCCGUACGAAAUGUGCUUCUUCAAUAUUACUUGCAUUCUGCUAUGCUGUCCUCUCGGUGAUCGUCUAGUUGAUGAUGAAUGCCUUUCUGAAGGAAAUAAAUACAUCUUACCGUAUGUGUACGGAUACACGAACGAUUCGUCGCAGAGCGAAAAUAAGACAGUGGACGAAUUGUUUCCGCUGGUCGUCCAUGAUCCGUGCCAGGGUGAACAUCGUUUUUGGAGUUCCGAUUAUAAUGAGACCAAUUACAAAUUUUUUGCCAAUGGUUCUCUCUAUUUAUCUUAUUAUGGAAUAUUUGCCAAAUCGACAUCAUAUUGUCUCGCUGUGGUCGAGGAUGAGUACGCAAUGACUUACUGUUCAGAAAUUAUUAAAAUGAUGAUGGAGUAUGAUAAAUAUUAUAAUAAAUUCAAGUUUAAAUAUAUAAGCUUUAAAAUAGUGUCUAUAUCACUUUUGAUAUCAAUAUUUCUAGUAUAUUCCAUAUUGCCAGAGCUCCGGAAUGUACACGGUUUCAUGUUGCGCAAUUACAGCGGUGCAUGUUUUAUCGCAUACAUAUUUGACAUUGUGCAAAUUCUAAUCAAAGCGGAUGCUGUACAUCAUUCAGUCUGUAUUACAAUCGCUUUUUUUACCUACUUUUGUUUUUUGGCAAGCUCUUUCUGGCUAAUUAUAAUGAGUUUCGACAUGUGGUGGACAUUUAGAGGAUUCUGUUCGUUACAAAGAAACGUCAGACAACAAGACAAAAAAAAACUGGUGUUUUAUGUGAUCUUUGCGUGGGGUUUGCCCUUUAUCUUCGCUAUUAUCGGUGUCAUUAUGGAAUUUGUUUCCAAAAAUUUGCCGGAGUUUUUGCAACCGAAUUUUCGUAAAGGAGGUUGCUGGUUCUAUGGGAUUGAAUCGUAUAUGUUGUAUUAUCACGGGCCCAAAAGUAUCUGCGUUAUUAGUAGCAUUUGCUUAUCCAUCUCUACGGCAUUGAAGAUCGGGCGUUACGGAAAGGAAAUAAACAAUUGUUUGCCAGAUUCGGAACGCAAGAGAUAUAAUGACAGUAAGAAAUGGUUCAAUCUGUAUCGGAAGCUAUUUAUCCUGCUGUUUAUCAUAAUGGGAAUAGAUUUGUCCAUAAACACAUUCAUGUUGUUUGUAUAUGUGUUUUAUAAUAUGUUUCGUAUCUCUAUACAUACUGUAUGCUCUAGUCUUUUGAACACUCUGCAGAAUCUCUGCUUCUUUAUUAUCUUUGUGUGGAAAAAGCAUAUCGUGCGGAUGUUAUUGAAGCGAUUCGGCUGCGGUUUGUUUUCAGAAGAUUCAUGCGCAACAAAUGCAACAUCGUCGAGUAUUUUGACAUCCACCAUUACAUUAGAAAAGAUGCCUAUACAGAAAAAGAUGAGUUCUUGCGAACAAAAAGAUGAGAAAGAUUCGUCCGGUGAGACUAAACUCUAA